CCUUAACGGCCAAGUGCGCCUUUUGACGCAUUUUUAUGCGCGCUGAGAGAAAACUGCUGAUAUGAUGUAAAGACAUGGAGUACAAUGAAAAAAUUGAUAUAUUUGAAAACAAGAGAAAAAAGGGAAUUUUUUUCUAACAGAAAUUUUUUUUGUGUAAGGUCAUCUAAAUAUCAAAAAAUAUGAUUGAAAUAUGCACGUACGUGCAGAAAAGCAGUCAAACGUCAUGAAAUAUAAGAAUUUGGGCUGAUUUACAAUUAACCAAUCUUAAUUUUCUGAGCAAAUUUUCUAGUUGAAAUUACCAUAUAUAAAACGAUUAAGAUUUUUACUGCAAUUUUCGUAUCGGACAUGAUAUUGUAUGAUUAAAAAUAAAAAAGAUAUCCGCGAAUGAAAAUCGGUUGUUCUGAUCGUGGAAAAUAGAUGAUCUAAAAAGCGUGUUCAAAAGAAAAUUAAAGGAAUUGGAUAUAGAAAGAAGCAAGCCAUUUUGACGUUCUAUUAGCUUGGACAAGGCGUUAUAAAAAAGAAAGACUAGGCUACAAAUAACUGAAAAAAAAAAUAAUACAGAUUCCCGACAGGUUCAACAAGGUUCCAGUUUCUAAAAAUAAAAAUUCACGUCACAUGUUGGUUGUAUAUCAACAAUGUAAACAGCGCGGAAAAUUAACAUGGCUUCCCGUGACGGCGAAAGUGACAGUGAUUCAUCCGACGACGAUUUGUACAGCAGUUCUGCGGGUUCAGACAUUAACAUUGAUGAUUCUUUAGAUUCUUUUUCAUCUGAUACGGAUGAGGAUGAUGAUCCGAACUCCCAGUCGUCCUAAGAAACUUUCUCUAGUCAGAUCAGCGAUUCAGAGGGUCCCGGUUUUUGGUCCAGCGAAUUGCAUCCCGUGUCGGUCGCACCGUUCUCAGAGGAAACCGGUCCAAGUCACGAUUUGACGCCGAAUGACAACAUUUUGAGCUACUUCUUUUUGAUGGUAUCAGAGGUUUUCUUUGAGAGAGUGUCCAAUGAAACCAACAGGUACGCUGCUCAGGAAUUCGAGAAAAGAGGUCACCGUGACGCGGAUUGGAUUGACACUUCUCCUCAGGAAAUCAAGGCGUAUUUUGGCCUGCACAUCCUUAUGGGCACCAACCAGCUUCCAAGUGUAGAUAUGUACUGGUCACAAAACAAGUUCUUAGGAAACCAAGGAUUCAAAGACACUAUGAGUAGGAGCCGUUUCCGGAGAUUGACAGAGUAUCUACACUUGAAUGACAAUACAACUCAAGGCCCUGUGGGAUCUCCUGAGUAUGACUGGCUUCACAAGAUACGCCCAUUGAUAGAGAUGACUCGGAGAAAUUUCCAGAGGUAUAUGAUGCCUGGACAGUGUCAGAGCAUAGAUGAGGGGAUGAUACGCUACAAAGGUCAUUACUUCGCAAAGCAGUAUACACCAUGCAAACCUAUCAAAAGAGGGAUGAAGGUCUGGAUGAGGUGUGAACCAAACGGAUAUACCAACGAUUAUAAAAUCUAUUUGGGCAAGCAUGACGAGAUGCAAGGACAGUCUCUUAGAGAACGGGUGGUUAAACAUUUAUCCAAACCACUUAAAUGGAAAGGUCACCACCUUUUCUUUGACAGGUACUUUACAUCAAUCCCAUUGCUUCAAAAUCUUGAAGUUAAUGGUAUUUAUGCUUGUGGUACCAUCAAUACCAAUCGCAAAGGAUUCCCUCAUGAGCUGAAGAACCCAACUUUUAGUGGUCGUGGUGAUACCGAGCAACUGCAACAUGACAAUUUGGUUGCAACAGCAUGGAAAGAUGCCAAACCAGUUCAUAUUGUUUCAACCACAUCAGAUCCACUUGGAGAUGGUCCAACACAUCGUCGAGUACCUGGGGGUGAGGUCAUAUUAAUACAGCGGCCACCAGCUGUUGCUGCCUACCAGGAGAACUACUAUGGUGUUGAUCGUGCCAUGCAGUAUCGCUCCAAGUGUCCCAUUGGUCGACAGUCAAGAAAGUACUGGAAAUACUUUAUGAAUUUCAUCCUGGAAGUGGCCCUGGUCAAUACAUUUCUCCUUUGGAAGAUGACCCCUGGUGUGGUGAAACCAAGGAAACAUUAUUCGUUAGGUGAUCUUCAUGUUCAUGUUGCCACGAGUCUUAUUGAAGAUUUUUCUAACAGGAAGCAGCCUAGGCAUUUAGGAAAACAUCUGAUCACAGCAGCAGGUUUGAGUGAGCAUCACAGCAUGAAGUUAGAACGACCUCGUGGACGGUGUAAAUGGUGUGCAAAAGAGGGCAAGAGGAAGGAUGUUGUUUAUGGAUGUGACAAGUGUAUGGUACAUCUUUGUCAGGGUGCUUGUUUCCAAGCAUAUCAUGUGCAAAAUCAGCUUCCAGUUUUGUAAUGAAUGCAUAUGAUGAUCAAAGUUUGCAUAUU